CCUAGUACUUUUAUUUAUAUAUGUCUUUGGAAAAGAAAGCUUUACAAAUGAAGACAUAGCAUAGCUUCAUCAUAUUUUUUCCUCAUCUCUAAGAAAUGGAUGGAGAGGAACCUACUAGUAGAUCUCAAACCUUACAUGUAGUACUAUAUUUCAUCAAUACUGAAGUUCAUUUUCUUUUGUAUUUUUACAUUGCAAAUUGAUGAUGAUUUGAUACUCAAAGAUGUCUUAACAAUUGACAGCAUUUUUUUUCUGUCUUAAUGUUAUGCAAAAUAAUGAGCUUUCAAUGGCAUCUUAAAUUCAUUGAAACAUGGCAAUAAUAGCCAUCAAAGUUGACGUUUAGUGCCAGUACAACCUACUCCCAAUUUUCAGGAUUUUUAGCAGAUUAGGAGAGUUUAGCUUUUGCUUCAUUUUGAUUGUGUACUUUAUGGCCAAUAUAUUUCCUUGAAUGGUGCUAUUAAAAAUUAAAGACUGUGAAGUGAUGAUAGCUGCCAUAUCCAAACCUCCUCUGUUAGCCUCACAAGCACUGACCAGAGAGACCGUGUUAGCAUUCUUACUUAGUUUGUUGUUGAUAAUCAAGUGCCCAAGACUCAUAUAUUUUCUUUGUUAUGUAUGUGGAUCAUAGAGUGGAGUGGAGGAGACAAAUAAAAAUAUAUUAGACCUGUUUUUAAAAACAUUAGAAAUGUUAAAUGUGUAUUAAAUUAUUUUUUGUGGAAAUAACUAAUAUUGCCAAAUAUACUAUUUACUUUUUACAGCAACAAGCUUUAGAACUAGCUUUGGAUCGUGCAGAGUAUGUCAUUGAAAGUGCCCGACAGAGACCUCCUAAAAGGAAAUAUCUAUCAAGUGGAAGAAAAUCUGUAUUUCAAAAACUUUAUGACUUGUAUAUUGAAGAAUGUGAAAAAGAACCUGAGGUUAAGAAAUUAAGGAGAAAUGUGAACUUGUUAGAGAAGCUUGUUAUGCAAGAGACUUUGUCGUGUUUAGUGGUCAAUCUGUACCCAGGAAAUGAGGGAUAUUCUCUGAUGCUCAGGGGAAAAAAUGGAUCAGAUUCUGAGACCAUACGACUGCCCUAUGAAGAAGGAGAGUUGCUUGAAUAUUUGGAUGCAGAAGAAUUACCUCCUAUUUUGGUUGAUCUCCUAGAAAAAUCUCAGGUUAACAUUUUUCAUUGCGGGUGUGUCAUAGCAGAAAUACGUGACUACAGGCAGUCCAGUAAUAUGAAAUCUCCUGGUUACCAAAGUCGGCACAUUCUCUUACGUCCAACAAUGCAGACUUUAAUUUGUGAUGUACAUUCAAUAACAAGUGAUAACCAUAAAUGGACCCAGGAAGACAAACUUUUGCUUGAGAGCCAGCUCAUCCUAGCUACAGCUGAACCACUCUGUCUUGAUCCUUCUAUAGCAGUCACCUGCACUGCAAACCGACUGCUCUAUAACAAGCAAAAGAUGAACACUCGCCCAAUGAAACGGUGUUUCAAGAGGUAUUCCAGAUCCUCUCUGAAUCGGCAGCAGGAUCUAUCUCAUUGUCCACCUCCUCCUCAGCUGAGGUUACUUGAUUUCUUACAAAAAAGAAAGGAAAGAAAAGCAGGUCAGCAUUAUGACCUCAAAAUUUCUAAAGCAGGAAAUUGUGUAGAUAUGUGGAAACGGAGUCCCUGUAAUUUGGCCAUACCUUCUGAAGUAGAUGUGGAGAAAUAUGCUAAAGUGGAAAAGUCUAUCAAAUCUGAUGACUCACAGCCAACAGUCUGGCCAGCCCAUGAUGUAAAAGAUGAUUAUAUAUUUGAAUGUGAAGCUGGCACUCAGUAUCAGAAAACAAAGCUGACCAUCUUGCAGUCACUUGGAGAUCCACUUUACUAUGGUAAAAUACAACCAUUUAAAGCAGAUGAAGAAAGUGAUAGCCAGAUGUCUCCAUCACACUCUUCCACAGAUGAUCAUUCAAAUUGGUUCAUUAUUGGCUCAAAGACUGAUGCUGAGAGGGUAGUCAACCAGUACCAAGAAUUAGUCCAGAAUGAAGCUAAAUGUCCGGUCAAGAUGUCACACAGCUCCAGUGGCUCAGCCAGCCUGAGUCAGGUUUCUCCAGCGAAAGAAACAGAACAAACUGAAACCGUGUCAGUUCAGUCUUCAGUAUUGGGGAAGGGUGUAAAACAUCGACCCCCACCAAUCAAACUUCCCUCAAGCUCAGGAAAUAGUUCCUCAGGUAACUAUUUUACACCACAACAGACAAGCAGCUUUCUCAAAUCUCCAACUCCUCCUCCUUCUUCUAAACCAUCAAGUAUUCCUCGGAAAUCAUCUGUGGAUCUCAAUCAAGUUAGCAUGCUUUCUCCAGCUGCCCUAUCACCUGCCAGCUCAUCACAAAGAUCUGGAACUCCUAAGCCAUCUACUCCUACACCAACCCCUUCAUCGACCCCACACCCUCCUGAUGCUCAGAGCUCAACUCCUAGUACCCCUUCAGCCACCCCUACUCCCCAAGAUUCAGGCUUCACCCCUCAGCCCACUUUGUUAACUCAGUUUGCUCAGCAGCAAAGGUCUCUGAGCCAGGCAAUGCCUGUAACAACCAUUCCUCUUUCCACCAUGGUAACAUCUAUAACUCCAGGAACCACGGCCACCCAGGUCAUGGCAAACUCUGCUGGACUUAACUUCAUCAAUGUAGUGAGCUCUGUUUGUGGAGCCCAGGCUUUGAUGAGUGGUUCAAACCCCAUGCUGGGCUGUAACACUGGUGCCAUAACUCCUGCAGGAAUAAACCUGAGCGGCCUUCUACCCUCAGGAGGUCUGCUACCAAAUGCAUUGCCCAGUGCAAUGCAGGCAGCUUCUCAAGCAGGUGUUCCAUUUGGUUUAAAAAAUACUUCAAGUCUCAGGCCCUUAAAUCUACUCCAGCUUCCAGGUGGUUCACUUAUUUUUAACACUCUGCAGCAGCAGCAACAGCAGCUUUCUCAGUUUACACCACAGCAACCUCAGCAGCCCACAACUUCUAGUCAACAGCCAGGGGAGCAGGGUUCUGAACAAGGUUCAACCAGUCAAGAACAGGCCUUAUCUGCUCAGCAAGCUGCUGUCAUUAACCUUACUGGAGUAGGAAGUUUUAUGCAGUCACAGGCAGCUGCAGUUGCGAUUCUUGCAGCAUCAAAUGGCUAUGGCAGCAGCAGCAGCACAAACAGCUCAGCUACAUCGUCAUCGGCAUACAGGCAGCCAGUCAAAAAGUAAAAUGAAGAGAGGCACGCCAACCACUCCAAAAUUCUGAGUCUUGCAUUAUUUUUUUUUCCUUUUUUAAAAACACAAGAGCAUUGAAUCAAAAGGAUUGAGUUUCUACUUCCUUUUUGUUUUUUUUUUAAAUGUGUCAGUAUUUUACAUUGCUAGAUGUACAAACUUUAUACAGAAGCACAACCUUAUCAUUUUUAAAUAAAAACAGGGAAAUGGUUUAACAAACUAGGGUUGGUUUGCCUAAGUCAUUGCUUUUUAAAAAUGGUUUCACUAUACAUAAUAUAUAUGGAAGUGAUCUAAGAAAUACUAGAAAUAUCUUUCAGGAGAAUGUAGUCUGAGAUUUAUUUAGUACAAAACAUUUGUGCACAGUGUUAACAAAUACAGUUUUUACAAAUCUGUUUUGAAAA